AACCAACUACAUGAAGCAAUGUUCUGUAGUCAUAGUCGCUCUACUACCAACUUGCCCCCGAGGAGGACGAGGGCUGCAAUUCGUGCAACAGCAAACAAUAAAAGCGUCACCUGCAUAAAUUUUCACGCCUCAUGAUUUUCAACUUAGCGCUGGUUUCGAGCCCUGUCGAGGGCCGCUGUAGUAACGUCUUCUAGCAAGUAGUCCUUGUCGCAAAGAGAGGAAGUGUCUGUUUUUAGGUAACGUAUUCUAGUACGCCUUCUUCGACGUAGUGAACAACUCCGUUAAAACUUGUAAAGGGAGGUGGACUAUAAUAGUUUUUGUUUUGUGCCGUCCACUACAACUGCUGCGCGGAGAGCAAAAAUCAUGAUCACCUUGCAGUACGGAUUUGGGUUGGGAUGUAUUCUGAUCAUCUCUCUUUUGUGGAAUGCGAUGGGGAUCCUGGAGCAGUGGUUAUUCACGGCCGGCCGGUUUCCCCAUCCGGUAUUGGUGAUGGUGUAUCAAAUGUAAAAAUGUCGGGGUCUGGAAGAUUGCCAGGUUUGUCAUGCACGUUUUGCAUGACUCCUGAUGUCUGUGAUGCAUGCCCUAGCAUCACAGAUUUUGCGAGGGCUACCUGAUGCCUAUACCGCAUGACAAACGCUCUUUCCGUGUAGCAAAACUUGGACUUUCUUUGCUGCUCAUGCAAUACAGAUUUUUUUACAAUCCAAAAUCAGCAUGACAAGUUGGAUUCUUCCAGACCCAGACAUUUUUACAUUUGAUAUGGUGCUUCUGAAUGCCUAUUACCUUUUGUACGCCCUGUACUUCUUCAUUUUCCCCGCCGAGUUGCAGAAGGUGCUCCGCGGCAAACUCUGGUAUCUGCGGUUUCGCAUUCGCGUGGAGGCGGAGCAGAGUGAAGGGGGUCCGGUGCAAGAUGAACUACAGCACGGUUAUCUUUCUACCAAUGGAACGAGGGUAGGUCCUCAACAUCCCGACCUAACUCCCCCGAGCUCUACUUUCCUGGAGGAUGUCAAAGAGGAGGAAGUGGGUGGAAACUAUUUCGACGGCAGCGGGCCCACCCACCUUCUAGCGAACAAGCCACUAGCUGCGCCGGGAAAUAACUUUUCACCGCAGAACGCGAACCGACCGGCGGCCAGGACGGCCGGUGCGGUGGAAGAUUUCUGGAGACCCGCUGCCUUGUCCGACGAGGAGCGUGCGUUCGAAGCUCUGGAGGAGCCCCCGCAACGCGUGGUUUACAGCCAAAACGACCAUGGUAAUGCUGAGGAAUUAUCCUCCGAGUCCGACGACGAAGACGAGGUCGUCUUGUCCAGCGACGAGGACGAAAUUCUGUCGGAGGUUCAGGUGGUGGAGGACCUGGACUUUUCCCCCGCUGGCAUCGUGGACGCGGUGGAAAAGCGGCGGGCGUCGCUGGACGCCCUCGCGCCGCGGUCGCCCACGGUGUCCAAAGGCGCGGCGAUCUACCGCGAGCGCAGCUUCGACCUGGGGGGCAACGAGAUUUUGACGGGCGGUAAAAAUCUUCAAGCGGGGGAGACACACAGGGCCUCCCGGCGGUCGUCAAAGCCGCGCACUAAUCAGACGGGGGUGCCGAAACUCGACCGGUUGGAGGUGGACGGCCUCCAGCGGGCCCGCACCACCAACCAAGACGCGGCGUACCUGAAACGGGAGCGCCGCAAGGGUGGCGUGGUUGGGACCUACUCAAAUGCUGGGCUGUUGGGUUCUUUCCGGAGCAACGCGGAAUAUCUCCGGGGGAUCAAGCCGAAAAUGACGCAGAGGCACGCGGAGAUGCUGGUGCGCACGCUGGCCCAGAAUCUGGACAACUACCCGCUCUCGAGCAAGACCACGCAGAUGCUGCACAACGUUUUGUCGGCUGCCGGGAUGACCAGUACUAGCACAGGCGCUGGUACAGCAACCGGUGGUGGUGCAGCAACAGCAGCGAGGACCGCGAAGGCGCUCCGCUGGCAAGAGCAAAAUCAAAAUGCUAGCACAACUACCCCGCUGCACCAGCGGAACAAACCGUUUUUCAGCGACAAGCCUUUCACGCUGGGCAGCGCGUUAAAGAACAUCAACCCGGAUGAAAAUAACGUGAAUAAAAACAGCAGCACAUACCAGCCCCCGACGUUGCCAGACGGAGGGGAGCCGGGGGUACUAAAAGACAGCAAUUCUCUGUUGAACAAGAACCACAUGAGCGCCGCGAGCUUAGCGUCGACGACCACCGGUGGCUAUCAACUGUAAAAAUGUCUGGGUCUGGAAGAAUGCAAGUUUGUCAUGCUAAAUCUGAAGCAUGCAAGAAUCUGUGUUGCAUGAUUACCAAAAGUCGUCCAGUUUUGACCAAGUCGGGAGGGAGUUUCUUAUGCAGGAUAGGCAUGAGAGAGAUCGCACAGAAUCUGUCAUGCUAGGUCCUGCAUUCCAGGCUUCAUGGGUCAUGGAAAAGCUGCAUGACAAAUCGCGCAUUCUUCCAGACCCAGACAUUUUUGCAUUUGAUAGUGGCGGGACUGCGACGAUGGAUUCCACCGUGCAGUUGACCAGUUUAACUCUGUCCCCUCCAACUUUGGCCGCGCGGCCUGCAUCACCCCCGGGCGGAGCGACGGGUAGAGGUGUACCAGAGCACCCGAUUGGUAUACAGGACAACAUGACAGAGACGGAUAGACAUCAACUACCGGAAGAUGAUAGUCGCACCAUUUUUGGCUUACACACGACAAAAAACCCCAACUCGCCGCAGCCCAAACAGCCGACCCGACCGGCACUACAACUACCGCAGCAGAACGUGCCGCUACUCGAGGAACCGCUGCUGCAGCCGAGCAAGUCCCGUUCGGCGGAGAUUAACAAUGAGAUGAACAUCAAUACCUUGCGAUCGAACUCCAACACUUUCCAGCUGGCCUUUGAUCCGAUCUCGAUGAGCAUGCGGCGGCCGCCGGGCGUGAGCGCGCGCAUCCGCGACCCGACUUGGGACCUGAGUCUGGACGAGAGCGUACCGUGAGGAAAAAUCCCCCCUCCCCAUAUUCAAAACGUAUGUUCCUAAAACUUUGCGAUGCUGAUUUGUGGCCACAAAUCCUGUCUCUCUUGCAAGAAGGCAAAUCCAAAGAAUUCGCCGCCUUAUGGAGGCAAUUUGUAAUGCUGUUUCACGUACAUGGCAGGCCUCUGUCAUGCUAAGUGCCUACAACAAAACACCCCCCGCAGGCUGAGGCUUUGCCUGUAGUGCCUCACUGCAAGACAGGGCUGAUUUGUGUGCACAAAUCCAGCAACAGAAGUUUCCGUUUCAAUAUGGGGAGGGGGGAUGUUUCACUUUGAUAGAGCGACCCGAGCGGAAGCACGUACUCCCUCCGCAUCCCUGUGCAGCUGGAACCCGAAACGCUCGCGCUGCUGCAGCAGGAGCUGAAGCAGCGGGGCAAUUCGGUGUUCGACCCGCGGAACAGCCUGUCCGUUGGCAUAGGCGGCAGCGUAGAGGAGGACGAGGAUUCGCAGGGCAACUGGAGCAAGCGGAUCCCGGAGUUGGACACGCUCGUGACCGUGUCCCCCGGCGAGAUGAUCGAGCUGGUGGAGGUGACGCCCGGCACCAAGUUUCCGCUGUGGGAGACGCUGCUGCGGCCGCUGGGUAUCGGCCUUUUGUUCAUGGGCGCCACCUUUCUGGACAUGCUGGCCAUGCAGUUCACCACGCUCAGUUCCGCGACCCUGGUGGGCCGCGUUAAUUCGGUCACCAUCUACAUCGCAUCCAUCUUCUUCCUCGGGGAACCCUCGGUACCCGCAAAGUGGCUGGGCGUCGCGCUCUGCCUCUCUGGAUGCGUCCUCGUCCUACAUUUAGACGCGGUGAGUGCAGCGGAAAGUGGUGGUAGUGGAGGGGAGAGUAGAGCAACAUCUUCUUCAUCUACUUCCGAUGGAACUACAGGAUCGUCCUCAACACCUGGAACAUCGGCUUCGAAUCCAGCGUCAUCUUCAAACGCGGUCCUGCAGAAGGAGUACCCCUACGCGCUUUACGGCGAUCUGGCCGCCCUGUUCGCCGUGAUUUUCUACACGGCCUACGCGAUCACGCUGAAGAGGUUCGUGAAAACGACCGCGGACACGAUGUGGACUCUUACUCUCACCUAUCCUGAGUGAAAACGUCCCCGCCCCAGAGUUGUCAUGCAGAUUGGCAAUGACAGGAACAUUUGUGAUGCGCUUUCCCAUGAUAGGCAUUUCCAAUCGUGUUUUGGAAUUUGUCAUCCUGCAAACAGGAUAACAGAUGGAUUUGUAAUGCGGCUGUCCUCGCCAACCUGCACUCCACUACGGACUGCAACUUGUCAUGCCUGACUGCCAAAGCUUCUGGAUUUGUGUUGCGAGAUCCCGAUCUUGACUUUGGGGUGCGGACGUUUUUACACAGGAUGUCACUGGGUGCUUCUUCACGUUCCUCGGGAUUCCGGGGUACUACUUUUUCGCGCCGGAGUUCAUCACCGGCGCCUACGCGUCCGCGUUGAUCGAGGCCUUCACCAUCCCCUACCUAGUCGCGAGCUUCAUGUUCCUCGGCGUGAUCGGGGGGGCGGGCAGCAACUACCUCUGGGUGCGCAGCUGCCAGAUCGUGGGUCCGACGAUGUUAUGCAAUGCAAAAAUGUCUGGGUCUGGAAACAUGUAAACUUCUGAUGCGUAUUUGAGACCAGAAAAAAAUCUGUCAUGCAUGGACCGCAAAAGUUGCAUGCUCAUUUCUUGCCACCAAAAGAGGGAACUUGUCAUUUGGAUUAGGCAUCGCCUAACCUGCUCAAAACCUGUGUUGCUAGGACUGGCAUGCUAGACCUUCUGUGUCAUGCACAAACAGCAUCACAAGUUUCCAGACCCAGACAUUUUUACAAUCCAUACAUGCUGGCGGUCGGGUUAAACAUCUCCAUCCCCAUCUCCAUGCUGUGGGACCGGUUCGGCCGCGGCUUUGUGGAAGCAACCAGUCCGCUGAAGCUGUUUGCCGCUUCGUUAGUCGUGGUGGGCUUUUUACUCGUGAUUUACAUCGACACGUUAAUCAACGAAGAGGAAGGAAAACAAGAAGAUCAAGAAGACGAGCGCGCGAUGGACGAAGCUGACCUUCGAGCCGAUAUUAACGCUGCAUCAGAACAACAGCCAGGGCCGCGCUUGCCCGGCACCAUUCCGAGCAGAAACAGUACGUUUGAGCAACUGCGCAGCCGGACGUCGAUCGGCGUUCAGGACGACGCGGUGGCGCUGGUGUUGCCUUCCUUCCUAUCGCAAGGAAAAAUCCCCCCUCCCCAUAUUGAAGAGGUAGGUUUUCGAAAAUUUGUGUUGCUGAUUUGAGGUCACAAAUCAUGUUUGUGCUGCAAGAAGACAAGGGCAGCAGCUUCCGUCCCAUUAUGGAGCCGGUUUGUCAUGCUGUUGAGCCAACAUCACGGACGCUUUUCAUGCUAAGCGCCUAAGUCAAAGCCUCUCUACUCAGGCUUGAUAUGGGUCUGCAGUCCUCUCCAGCAAGACAAAUGCGAUUUGUGUACUCAAAUACUGCAUCACAAAUUUCGUUUUCGAUAUGGGGAGGGGGGAUUUUUCUUUUUGAUACUUCCCUGCAAACCCGCUGCUGAGUCCGCGCGCAGGUCGGGAUGGUACUACGGAUCAUCAUGUGCAAGGAGGGAAAAGAACUGAAGGAGAGAUGGAAAAUGGCGACAAAAUGAUGCAUAUCAAAUGUAGAAAUGUCUGGGUCUGGAAGCUUGCCAGGUUUGUCAUGCAUAUUUUGAAGGACUCAUGAUGUCUGUGAUGCAUGCUCUAGCAUGACAGAUUUUUAGAGGCCUUUGUGAUGCCUCUACCGCAUGAGAAAUGCCCUCUCCGGGUAGCACAAACGGGAGUUCUGUUGCUGGUCAUGCAAUGCAAAUUUUUCUAGAAUCCAGAGACAGCAUCACAAGUUCCAACCUUCCAGACCCAGACAUUUUUCCAUGUGAUAAUGCAACAGGAGUCGUGCCUCGGUUUUUUCGCGGGCGCGUUGCUGCCCCUCGACUGGAAUCGUCGCGAUCUCGUCCGAUGGCUGCUGACGCCCUACUACCUAUGAACUGCAAAAGUAUCGCACUAGUAGAAAUUGCAUUACAAAUCGACUGUGCAUUACAAAUUGAAUUCGUAAUGCGGAUUUACCUUAGCAAAAAGCAUAAACGCAAUUAGUACGAGUACGAUACUUUUGCACAGGAUACUACCCCCCGUUGCCUAGUUUCCUCUCCGGGUCGACCGCCUCGUUUGACGCGCUCGCGGCCGAGACACGUAAAGCAAACACGAUGAAAAGCUCCAAGCCGUCGUCUGCUCCUGCACCGAAAAAGAACAAGAAGUGGCGCGCGCUGAAGAACCUGGGCGGGCAGGCGGUCCGCAACGCGGUGCCCAACUGCGCCUACUGCAUUAUGCUGAUUCUGCCGCAAACCAUCGACUACGUCCUGGUGGGCAUUAUGGCCACGCCGGACACCCGCACCUACGCGCUCGGGGGCAUCGCCCUGGGGAUUUCCCUGAUCAACGUUUUCGGAAUCGCGCCCGGCAUCGGGUUCAAUCAGGCGUUAGAUACGCUCGUGUCUGUCGCGUUCGGGGCGAAGAAGCACACCAAGAUCUUCCACUACGUGGCCCAGGCGCAGCUGCUGAUCGUGUGCUACAUGCCGGUGAUCAUCCUGAGCUGCGGGAUCUGCGCGUCCAACAUCUUUGACACCUUCGCGACGCACACCGACCCGAACGUAGCCGCGCAGGCCGUGGAGUUUCUGCACUCGCAGUUUUUAUUUGUGCCGCUUUUUUUGUUCUCGGACAUCGUGCGCAAGUUUUUCGCAAACGUCCGGGAGCUGCACCACAUUCAGCCCUACCAGAUGGCCGCGAUCUGCCUCCACGGGGUCUGGGUGUAUCUGUGCAUCGAAUUCAUCUCCGGCCGCGACCACGCCGCGAUGGGAGCGGGGCUCGGCACCAGCUUCACCUGGCUUUUGUUUUUCCUCGGCUAUCACUUGGUGUUUCACAAGUGGUUCCGCACCUUCCGCGAGACCACCAACGCCCGCGUGCUGGGAAUAAAUGGUCCUGCGGUGCAACCACGGGGACAGCAACCGGCAAACUAUACAGUAAACAAAAAAGCAAGUCCGCGCGGAGGUUAUCAUAGUGCAACUACAACUUCGAUGAGCAACAACGACAAAAGCUCGUCAAAACAGGAGGAGGAGCCGGUGGAGCAGGAGCACAUAUUUUUUCUCUCCAAUCUGUCCGACCCGGCGGUGUACAGUGGGCACGCGCUGUAUGGAAGCGUCAGGUUUGAAAUCGUCAAAGUUGAAAUAGUUUGUAAUGCAUAAAAUGCAUGACCCGAGGCACGUGUGUUGCAGAGCAGGCAAGUGAGGCCGAUUGUAAGCCUGUUUGGGGUUACAGCUCGAGCUGCUAAAGUAGCAUGAGAAAAUCGCUGUUCUUUGCCUAAACAGCAUGACAAAAUGGAUUUAGGGACCACCGAAAUUUGUCUUGCGCCACUUAGAAACUGGGUUCCGGUUGGCAUCCAUUUUAUGCAUGGCAAAUUAUUUCAACUUUGUCGAUUUCAACUCUGACACAUCCAUACGCUGUAUUCGUACGGCGAACUUGCCGUGCGGUCGAGCGCGAACGUGCUGACGGAGUGGGUGGCGCGCGAGAUCCUGACCGUGUUGAUAUCGCAGGUGUCCGCCUCGGCCAUCGCCGUGCACGCCGCCAUCGACGGCACCUAUUCGCAGCUGUACAUGAUUCCGCUCGGGAUUGCGGGCUCGACCGCGACGCUGGUCGGCUCCAGCCUCGGCAUGCGGAAGCCGGUGCAGGCCGGCCGUUUUGCGUACGUCUCCCUCACGCUCGGGCUCGUCGCCUGGUCCCUGAUGUUCGUCCUGCUCUUCGGCGUGCCGCCCUACCGGUGGCUGCCGCCGCCCUUCGCCCGCGAUGCCGACACCGUGCCCCACGAGACGCUGCUCCACACCGGACUGCAGCUGAAGAUCGCGGAUGUGUUCUUUCCGGCCGAUAUCAAAAUGAAAAAUCCCCCCUCCCCAUAUCAAAAACGAAAUUUAUGAUGCUGUAUUUGAGUACACAAAUCGACUUGUAAUGCUAGAAGGCCAAGAGACGCAGCUGUGGCCUCGUUUGCAGGCAAUUUGUCAUGCUGUUUCCCACUUCCAGCUGCCCCCUGUCAUGCUGAAGAUGCAAGGCUUUCCCACGCCAACCAGCACUGCAGUCCGCAUCUUUUCCCUUCUAGCAUGACAAAGCUGAUUUGUGACCACAAAUCUGCAUCACAAAUUUCUAGUUUGAGUAUGGGGUGGGGGGAUUUUUCCUUUUGAUAGCCGAGCAUAACGCCAAGGCGCUGUUUGAGCGGUGGCUGUUCUAUCAAAUGCAGAAGUGUCCGGGUCUGGAAAAGUGGAACUUGUAAUGCGUGUCUUGCAUUCCUGGAAAAUCUGUGUUGCAUGAGCAGCAACAGAGAAGCUUUCUUUGUCAUGCAAAAACGCAAUUUGUGAUGCGUGCUAGGCAUCAGCAGGCGUGGUCUCAAAAACUUGUCAUGCUUGGCUGCCAUUGCAAGCGCUUCAAUCAUGCUCAAUUCAGCAUCACAGGUUCAUUCCAGACCCAGACAUAAGUUUGCACUUGAUACGUUCCGCCGCAUCCUGAUUUUCGCCUUCGCUGUGACCUUCUGGUGCGACAUGGGGGAGAACAUUUUGCAGGGGGUGUUGCGGGCGUGCGGGCAGCAGCAGAUCGCCGCAUUGGUGUACGUCUGCCAACACUAUUUGCUGGGACUGCCGGUCGCGGUGUUUCUGGCUUUUUCCACCGUCGGCCACGGCAUCACCGAGGCAUUGGUGUCGCACUGCAAUCUGCUUUUCCUGGAUACGUCCGUUUUGACCGACGGCGACUUCUUCGCCCACGCCAACACCAUGGAGAAAACCAGCGUGUUGGGGUUGUACGGCCUCUGGUUCGGGUUCUCCCUGGGCGUGGUCUCCGGCUUCGUCGUUUUUGUUUACUACCUCUGCGUCAAAAUCAACUUCCGCAAAGAAGUAAAAACGGCGCUGCGGCGACUGGUGUGGCACUCGCGGGCGGCUGCCGUGCGGGGCAAAACUACGGACCGAAAAUUGUCGGGCGCGACCGCAAAAGUUUAAAACGGAUGAGCGACUUCAUGGCACAAGUUGGACAGGUACGUAGUACGCUCUGUCUGUGUGCGUAUUAUAUGAUUGUAUGCAAUGGCACGGGAAGUAGAUCUUUUAUACGGCCGUUCUGGCGAACAAAGCACGUUGGGUGAGCUGGUCGGAGAUGUUGACUGACUCUUUUGUUUCUCUUUUUUCUGCAAAUGAACCUAUACAAUACUGAAUUUUCGGGGCUUUGUGACUGUAAUUUACGCUGUUGUUUUGGAUAUGCUGCACUAGCACUUCAAGUACUUGCUCAAUGUCAAUACUCUUUCUUGCGAAAUGAAAGACGCACACUUUUCCUGUACACCUCGAGUCGUUUGCCUAAGCACCCAAAAUUUCGGCCAGUAUGAGCUCCUCACUGAGGUGGAGCUCUUUUGUGCAGAUAGCGAUAAAUCAGUAUUUUCCACCUGCUGCCCCGCUGAAAGUGUAGUUUUACACUGAAAGGACAUUGGCACGACAUUGCAUUUUUGCGACAUCAACAUUUCGUAUUGAACCGCGUGUCGCUUUCGGCAUCAUGGUCGAGGACUUUCUCCUCCAUCUGUGACAAGAGCGCGGACGUGGUCGCUUGCACUUU